AUGCCAAUAAUACAGGUGUCGACAACACUGGCCCGGAGUCAGAUACCAGUGCCGUUUGUCCGCCAAACGGCCCAACUAUUGUGCAAACUGUUUGAUAAACCAAUGAAAUCAAUAACCGUUUCGAUAAAUUGCGAUCAACUAAUGUUUUCGGGCAGUGAUCCGGAUCAACAACAACCUAACAAACCGAUAGCCGUGUCUACCGUCAGAAAUAUUGGCCAAAUGACAGCCGAUAGUAAUCGUCGGGCCACUCGUGAACUGACCAAACUUUUUCGGGAACAGUUGGCUAUAGGAGAGUCGGAAAUUAAGUUUGUUUUUAUUGAGUUGUCGGCCGAAAAUUUAGGACUUAACGGCCAAUUGAAAAGUGAUUUAUAA